AUAGCUGUUAAACAAGGGUGAUAUUCAAGGUCUCGUACACGACCAUGGAUUUUGUGAACUUUUCUCCUGCAUGUUGUAAUUUUGCUUAUGAUAUUUAUUUUAAGUUUAUUCAUUGCUACCUCUGUUUAUUUAUCUUGAUUAUAUAUUUUUUUAUAAUUGGUUAAUGCACCCAAAUCCUUUUUUUCAUUGAAGACAGUAAAAUUUCAGCGUUGUGAAUGGUCGUAUGUCGACUUCACUGACACAUACCAGCAAACCGCGCCCGUAACGAGGUGACGAACUACGUACAGCAGAAAAUUCAGUGGUGUGGAGUUUUUCUGUUUGCAUGCCGUAUAAAUAAACGUUUACUUCCAGAACCACUUCUGUGGACAUAUGUUACAGUAAUGCUUGUGCCUUGUUCAAGAUUAAAACUAGGAAAAAAUAAGUCAAUGAUUUGAUCUGGGAUAGUUAUUGUUUUAGGUUAAUGCUACGUUCAGCUGUAUACGGUUCUCAAAACAACUUUUAACUGUUUAUUCUUCUAUAUAAUAUAUACUGUAAUUUGUUAAGCCUUAAGUUGCAGGAUGGCUUUACGUUUGGACAGCACAAGACCCUUAAGGAAUGAUCGGAAAACAUCGCCUCGCCCAUCGUACAGUGCCAAGCCUCGUGGUUGGUCAACCACUGGUCUUUCAGGUCCGCCUCAUUUUAGACCACAACUAACCUCUUAUUUCCCGGGACGCUAUCCUGUGCAGAUGCCACCAGCAUACGGAGCGUAUUCUCAUCAGCAUGCAUAUUCAAAUGCUUGGGUUCCUUCCACUUCACCUCCUGUCUCAGGGAGCAGUACUGGAGGAUCUGGUUCUCACUCCAGCUCUGUGUCUGGCUCUGGAUCUGGUGGGGGAGGAUCAAACAGUGUUGAUCAGCUUAGCAAGACUAACUUGUACAUUCGAGGGCUUACUCAGAGUACAACUGACAAAGACUUGUUAAAUAUGUGUGCCCCCUAUGGCACAAUUAUUUCAACAAAAGCAAUACUGGAUAAAACUACGAAUCAGUGCAAAGGUUAUGGCUUUGUGGAUUUUGAAUCUCCAUUGGAAGCAGAAAAUGCUGUUAAAUUACUUCAAGCACAAGGGGUACAAGCUCAAAUGGCAAAGCAACAAGAACAGGAUCCUACCAAUCUUUACAUUGCAAAUUUACCUUUGGAGCUCACAGAAACAGACCUUGAAAAGCUAUUAUCUUCAUAUGGUACUGUCAUUUCUACUAGAAUUCUUCGAGACAGCAACAUGUUUUCUCGAGGUGUGGGUUUUGCAAGGAUGGAAUCCAAAGAAAAAUGUGACCAAAUCAUACAUGUGCUUAAUGGGAAAUAUCUACCUGGCUCUAAGGAUCCUCUAUUAGUGAAGUUUGCUGAUGGUGGAAAUAAAAAGAAGCACCAAUAUAAAACUCAGGACCAACAGGGUAUUCCAUUGCCUUAUGAUCAAUCAGCAGUGUCACAAAAUGGGGUGAUGACUCAACUAAUCACUCCAAUGGGUAACUACCAAAGGGCAUAUCCUGCCCCUGUCAACACUUACCCAGUGCAGCCAGGUACAACAUGGGUUCACCCAACACCAUAUAUUAUUCAACCUCAUAUGACCCAGAUGAUCCCAUCAUCUCUAGACCCCAACACACUCCAGUAUGGUACACUAGUGUCUCACCUCUCUGCCCAGAUGUCUCAAUUGCAGCUAGCAAACACUUCUUAUGUGCCAGGGACCCCCCAAGCAUAUGGUGGAGCUGGAACACACCUGUAUCCACAAACAGCUCAUGUUAUUCAUCCUAUAGCUGUACCAGAAGAUUCUAUAAAUGCUGGAGUGCCAGUGACAAUUGCUACCAGUGGACAAGAUGUUCAUCAUGGGUAUAGUCCAAAUUAACCUUACUAACGAUUUGAAUUAACAGGAACAAAGAGUCUCCAUCUUCUGAUUGUUCCACAUAUCAAGUGGGGUGUUGAUGAUUCUAAAAUCCUCUCUUGGUCCCCCUCCUUAUUGAUCCAGAAGAUCAAGUCUGAAAAUUGUUGCUUUAUUUUUAUUUUUGAAGUGAAAUUCCUUAGCAUCUUUAAAGAAAGCAGUUUUACACUUUUCAGAGAAGUACCUUUAUUUUACUAUUGAUCCCAAAGGCUAUUUUUAAAAGCUGAGAGAACGUUAUUUGUCGAGAUUCUAUAUCUGGACAUACCUGAUUUGGGUAGGUGUCCGUUGUUAUUAACUUAAAAGAAAUGAGAGCUGAGUGAAUGCAGUUUUUUUUUUCCUGAUAAAUGGCUGCCACUUCCCUAUUAACAGAGAUUUAAGUAACAUAGGUUUUUAAGAGCACCGUUCUCUAGUUUUAUUAUAUUGAAUGAGAACUUUUGGGUAUGGCAGCCAUUUAAGUUUAGUAACUUAAGAAACUGUUCGUUAGGACUAGUUUUCUUUUUCCUUUUCUUUAUUGAAUGGAUACUAAAAUAAGAUUGUUAUAUGUGAUUUUUUUGUGAUGUAUAAAUUUUUGACUUUAAGUCAAAUAUGCACUGAGACAAGAAUUUUUUUUUCUCAGUGUUUUCCCAUUUCAUAUGUUCAUUCAGUGUUUGUACGUCUUCAUUGCUGGUCUUGAGAAAACUGUCUGCUGUGGAGUCCUGCGUCUGUUUUUAGGUUUAGCUGUAGAUUUUUAGACAUAGCUUGGUAGAUUGUAGACUAAGAAAAAUACAUUUUUGAUUGUGUCAAAGUGUAAUUAGAAGUAGAGUUUCAGAACAAUCCACAACUGAGUGUUUCACUUAAGCAACAACAUAUUCAAAAAUUAACAAAAAAAAAAAGAUAGGAGAAUCAAACUUGCAAAUUUUCAACUGUCACUUGAAUGCCUUAGGAGAGUGAAUGUUCUUUGAGUCGUGCCUUCAUUGCAAGCUUUUUAUUGUUUUGAAAAAGAUUUGUCAAGUUUGAGGGUUCUCUGUCUUAAAUUUGGUGUGUUAGGAGAAAUGAAACAUUAAAACUGCAUGUUUUAAUUGUGUAAGUUUAUUGGUGGCAAAGUAAGAUCUUUGUAGGAAAAGCAAGGAAAUAAUUUUAAGAUACAAAUAUAAGAACGGCAAGACAACAAAUUAACAUAUUGCCUGCAAGUAUCGAUACCUUAGCAGACAGAAGUUAAUAAUUUUUAGGUUGUUUUUGUUUAUCUUGCAUAUAAUAAGUAACUAGAACUGAUAAUGGUUUGAAAUAUCUCAAAAUAAGAUUUAACUUUGUAUACGAUGCAACAAAUAAUUUAAAGAAAAAAUUGGAACAAAGGAACUUUGUUUGGAAAAUGGUAUGAUGCAAUGAAUGAAAAAUAUUUAUAUAGGAACGCAGGAUAAAUUAGUGGUUUUAAGUGAAACUAAAUAGUUAAACUUCUUGAUUUAUAAGUUUUGAAAUGUAAAGAAAAAUAAUGAUUUAGAAAAUUUCUUAUCAUUCCAAGUCAUUAAAAAUGCUUCCAGUAAUUCUUGAAAUUUGGGGAAAAUUCCUUCAGUAAAAACCUACAACACAGUACUGUUGUUUUGCUUUGGUAACUGUUCUUCUUUUGUGUGUCUCUCUCUGUUUCUUAAUGGUUCCCAACCUUUUGUGGCCCUUGCACCUCCUUCCCUAAAAAAAGUGUGCAUUAGGCAUUUCGUCUUGGCGGCAUUUAGGGGAAAAACGGAUCUUAUAUAGACCUCUUCCGUGCACCCCCUGGACCCUCAUUUCGCACCCCUGGUUGGAAACUCCACUCUAUCUGAAUUAAAUGGGAUUCAGCAUCUCUUCGAAACAAUUUAUCAAUAUUUUAUUUUGCUAGAAAUUGAAGGAACAUAAAAAAUACUAUCAAUUAAAACAUCUGAUUUGAAUAUUGAAUAGUCUAUGUUGUAUAUCUACAUAUAACAACGUAAAAAGGGCAGAAAUGACUGUUUAUUAGCAUUACAGAUGUUUUGAAGGAGAAACCUUAUUUUCUCUAAAAAUGUGUGACAGUAUACUCUUCCUUUGGGGGGAAAAAUAGUCAAUUUCUGUACAUUCCCAGUUUUCAUGGUAUCCAAUUAAUGCAUGUUGCUUCUCUUUUAAAGUUGCAUAUGGAUAAUAAUUGCUCAGUAAAAUAAAACAUACAAGGAUAUACCCUUGAUCGCUCAUUUUAUUUUAUUGUAUUCUUGAACUGUUAAAUACCAUUAUUUCCAAUGCUGGUUUUAUUUUAAAGCAGGACAGAUCUAGUUUUAAUCUCCAAAGCAAGGCAUUUGUAAACAGUUAGAGCUAAAUUAAGUUAACAUGGAUAAGUUGUCAGUGUGGAAAUUUGCCUCACUACCACAGGUUUCUAGCAAAAGUAAAAAUUAUAACACAAUGACUGGCAUAUCAUGUGACAGGUCAUUCUAACUAUUGAAUUAUGCAACUGAAUUCAGCGUGUGAAAAUAACAUUCCAAGUUCAAUAUUUCUGUAGGAUGUUAAUCCACCUGCGUGACUACGGAAGCACCAGGAUUGCAGAAUUUAAAAACUGAUUGAUUAGUCAGAGAGAAAGUCUUAAGAAGUUUUGCACCUGUAAAAAGUUGACCCAUAGUGUGCACUAAAGUUAAUAGAAUUCCCAAUAGGGGUCAGUAGCAACAUUAAAGUGUCCUCUGUACUUCUAUUUUAUAAAUACAUUUUGCAUACAAAACAACUCAUGCUGCUUGUACAUUUUUAUGCAAUAUAGUUACUUAAAUAUAUGGCAGUUUCACGGAAUUUUCCAUGGCAUAAAAAUGAUUAUUUUUAGAAUUUCAGUCCUUUCCCUAGUUCUCUUCGUUACUAGUAAUGCCUUUCAAAAUAUGCAGUGUACAUAAAGAAUACGUAAAAACCCUGCAAAGGGUUCCAAAACUACAAGUUUAUGCAUAAGAACCAAACUUUUUUUAAACCUUUAUAAUGUCAGUUUGUCACUUUCCUCCUUAUGUUAAAAUAUUUAGAAUAAUGACUUUUUUUUUUUGCAAACAACCUAUAUUUUCUUCAACUCAAUAAGCAACACAAGAAAGAAAUUAUAAAAAGCCAGUAAUUAAACUAUUUUUUUACAACAAUUUUGUAUAUAUAUAUAUUUAGUAAAAGUUAGGGUAGGAAAGAAUUUUUGUCAUGAACUGUAGAUUUUUAAAUAUUUGUUUAUUUUACUGACAAAAUGUUCAGCUGGAAAAAAAAUGGCAGAUCUGUUAGGAUAUGUGAGAUCGAUUGAGAUGAAGUUUUUAUUUAUUUGUUCAAAUAGCAGAAGGUUUGUUUUAAAACUCGGAUCAUUUGCUUCACAUGUUUCGAAGAAGAAAGAGGAGUAACUAUAUUGGGAAAAAAACAAACAUUAUAGUAAAUCUUUUUUAAUGCACAGUUUGUUCAGGUAAAAAUAACUGUUGAGAAGAUUAAGAUGUUGUGUGUUUCUAGGUUACUUAUACAGAUGAGAAAUGUUAGGUACAUUUAAUUUUAUCACAUUCUAGGAUAAAGGUUAACUUCCAAAACCAAGUAAAAAUAGGAGGAUGCUCUUAAGGCCCGAAGAUGUUGUAUGUCAUGAGCUUAUUAUCUCUGUUUAUUUGAAGAUUUAUCACUGUUAGAACUAUAAAUGACAUAUCUCAAAAAUGCUUGUCUUUCUUGGAAACAAAAAAUAUAGUUUGAUGUACCAUACUUAUAUUAUUAGAAUGAGAUGGAAAUUAGUUUUUAUUAUUAUUUUCACCCUUAUUGUGCCUUUUAGGGCAUUAUGUAUGCCAGCACAGUAGUCUCAGACAUUCCGGAAAAAAAAAAUCAAAGUGUAAGUUUGCCAUUUUUUUGUUACUAUUUACUAUUUUUUUAAAGGCAUAUUGAGAGUGUGGUGUGAGUAUUUUAUUUGUGUAGUUAUGAUUACUAGUUAAAGUAUCUUGUAGGAGAAGAAAAAGUAAAAUUGGGGGGGGGGGCAUUCCACAAUUUGUAACUACACAUAUCAAAUCAAAGUGAUAGAGAACAGGUUUCAAGAAAAACAGAAUGUCUAUUUUGGAAAUUCUAACCACAGUUUUUAUUUGUUUUUUACUUUUUCACUUAAAAAUCACUAUUUCAUUCAUAAAAUUCAAGCAAAGUGUAAUGAAACUGGAAAUGUAGUUGUGUGUGUGUUUUCAAGUGAAUAACUAUCAGCUUUAAGUAAAGAGCAGCUUGAUUUCUGAGAAGAAGAACGUGUUAGAAGAGUGCCUUCCAUUACAAAAAUAAGUGUACCUAGUUUGUUGGGUAGAGUGAGAAGAUUUGCUGGUAAAAAAAAAAUAUAUAUAUAUAUAUAACUUUGUCUUGUUUAUUGUAUUUUAGUUUUGUUUAAUAUGUAUACUUGUUAUUUCCUGUCAUUCAACAUGGUUUAUAAAGCUGUAGCUGUCCAUUAGUGUUGUCACAAACUUGAUAUUAGUUUUAUUACCUUCUCUGACUGAAUACAGUGUGUCUUGGAUUUAAAUUCAAAAUAAGCGCAUUCAUUGUCUGAUUUAGUCAUGGUUUACUUAGAUUGACAGCUAAGACUUCGUGAAUAAAAUUGAAAGCGUCGCAGGCACUUGGAAGUAUAUGAAAUAACUGAAGUCUAUACCACAUCGCAUCUUCAAUCAAAUGACAGCUAACUAUACUGCUUGAAUUUGAGUUUUUAACUUGACAGUGUUUGAAUAUGAUUUCAAGAGCCUUUUGGCAUUAGACCCAUUGCAUCCCUGGUUUUAUUUAGCUGGCCUGUUUAUUCUGAAAUGAAGAAAAUACUUCAUCCUUACACCAAGUUUUAAACACAUAUCUCAAAGGCAUUUGAGAAUAUAAUUGUCUAAUAACCUUCUCUAUUAUUAAACAAUUUUAUACUCAAAUUUCACAUCAAAAACAAACUCUCAAUUGGGUAUGACUUCAAGUACUCGGGUUACAACCACAGAUACUUUGGGUCUGCUACUACCAGAAGAAUCUACAGUUGUAUCUGUUAACCAUGUAAAGUUAAAAAAAAAUAUGGAGCCAAAUUAUCAGUUGUAUCAUGUAAUUCUUGUGCCUUUGAUGCUUUGUUCUGACAUCACCCUAAGAAAAUGUGGACUAAAUCAGAAAAGAAAUUUGUGUGCUUUUGAAUAUCACAAGUAAAUCAAAGGAUGAGUUUGAGUGAGAAACGAUGUAGAAAUAUAAGGGCAUAAAGCAAAAAAUAUCUUAAAGAGAUUAAAGUAGGAUAAAAUUUGCUUUUAGUCUUGGGUUAUUUUUUUUUGUUGUUAAAUAUAGAAAGUUUAUAAAAAAAAUUAAUUUUUCAUGAGAUUUAUAAUUUAUGUCAUAAAGAGAUUAACCAAAUUAAAAGUAUGAUAAAAUGUCAUGAACUUAAUUUAUUGAAUUUUAACCUGUCUUCCUACCUUCUGAAUAAGGGUUGCAAGUUAGUAUUAUAUGAUCGUACUGAUAUUGUUUUGGAAAAGGCAAGUACAUUAAGAACAUUCAAAUGGGAUAUGAAUUGUAUGCAAAAAUUUUCUUUAUAGUCUCUCUCUAAACAGUUUUUAAAUAUUUGGUUUGUUAAAAAUGGAAGAACCAGCAUGUGAACAGAAAUGGAAGAUAAAAUGAGGACAUGCACAUUAAAAUGCUAAAGUGUGAACUCUACUUUAAAAGUUGUGUUACAGAAUGUUUUGAGAUACUGAAAAGUGGUGCAGCUUUUUUUUUGUUUUUCGUAAUGAAAGUGAAACAAACCUUUAAUCAACAGAGCAAUACUCAGACUAAUUGAGAAGUGUUGCCGUUGGGAAGAGCAUCCCCUUGGUUUCUUUAACCUUUAACUUCUUGUUUACUGCCUACUUUAACAGUGCCACAAAUGUGAGAGAACUUUGAUGUGGCUACUGGUGGCGUUACAAGUAAUGAGAAUAUGAACUGGUGGUGUCAUAUUUUAAGAGUCAUUUUAAUAGUUUUUACUGGCAUCAAACCUAGCUAUGUCAGUUUUUUGGAAAACUUGCGAGAUUAAAGAGGGUGAAAGUAGUGUACCUUAGAUCAUGACUUCAUAUGUUGGCACACUCCUCAUAAUUUUCAACUCACCAAAAUAAAUUUAGAGGUAUUGUGUGGAUUUAAGGACUUUGUGGACGUCCAAAAGUGCUUUUCUACAUCUUUAUUUGACUAGAAACA